GGGUUAUUCCUUGAGAACGAACUGCAGUGUAAGCAACGCAGUACUUGUACUGACAUCCUACUACUGCGCCUACGAAAGGUCUCUCGCCUACAUAUUAUAUUUUCUAGCUGCUUCCGCCAGCGCAUACUUACUUGGUACUUGAAUGACAAGCAGGAGACAUUGACGUCCUCACUUUUCUUUUCAUCUCCUCCCCGCCGAUGGGCAUACUCUCAGCGGCCUCUGCACCUAACACCUCUACGAUCUCUGUUGCCACAGCACCCACUUCGCUCUUUAUCAACACAAAUUUAAAUCAAGACAUAUCCAUACCCUUGGGAAUUUUUAUCGGACUGCUCGCAUCUUUUGUCCAAAGCCUUGGUCUUGCGAUCCAGCGUCGUAGCCAUGUCAUUAACUCACAGCUCCCAGAACAAGACCAGAAAGUAGAACACCGUCGACCAUUAUGGUUGAUAGGCUUCGCUAUCUUUUUGACAUCUAAUGUAUUUGGAUCUUUCAUACAAAUUGCAUCCCUUCCGGUCGUCAUACUGGCACCCCUAGGCGCCGUUUCUCUCCUUUGGAAUGCCCUCUUUGCUCGUCUCCUCCUUCGCCCACGAAUGCUCCUCGGAACUGCACUCAUCGCUGGUGGUGCUGCGUUGAUCGCUAUCUUUGGGAUUGUCCCUGAAACUACGCGGAGUCUCGAUGAAUUGAUGGCGCUUUUCGCACGUCCGGCGUUUAUAUUCUGGUUCUGUGCCGAGGGUUUCAUCCUGCUUGUAUGCAUUAUCGUGACUCACGGUGUUGAAUAUUCUUACAAGAGACGACUCGAAGCUGCAGCCUAUUCAUUGUUGCAGGCCAAUCAUGAUUCACCCCUGUCGUCUCCUUCCACCUCCCCCCACAGUUCUCCUUUACACUCUCCCAGACAGCUCCCUCUCACAUACACACAGCAACAAUCGAAUUCAUGUAAUCCAUCUACUGGUUUCACCGAGGAACUCGUCACCGGCAGCUUCGCAUCGGAGGUAACACCACUGCUCGAUUCAAAAUGUGGUCGCCUGUCAUCUGCCAAAUCUACUCUGCAUCAUUCAACGUCCUCAUCACAGCUAUGCGCACCACUUCCUGGCAGGACCUCGCUUCUUCUUGCCUUGGCUUACGCUGCAGCUUCAGGGACGUUGUCUGGGCUUUGUUUGAUCUUCGCAAAGUCUGGCGUUGAACUUCUUGUCCUCACGUUAGGCGGUGUCAAUCAAUUCUACAGAUGGGAGGCAUGGAUUCUUGUUGCUGGACUCGUUAUUUUUGCUUUGGGUCAGCUUUGGUACCUCAACCGUGGCCUGCGGCUUGCAGAUCCUGCGUUUGUCUGUCCAUCCGCCUUUUGCUUUUAUAACUUUUCAUCGAUUAUCAAUGGUUUGGUAUACUUCAACCAGCUCGGACAACUCCCAGGGUGGCACCUUAUCCUCGUCAUAGUCGGCAUGUUCGUACUUCUUGCCGGGGUUUGGGCAGUGAGUGCCCAAGCCAACGUUGAUGAAAGUGACACAGCAACUGGAUCUGAUGUUGAAGACCAAGCAGCAUCUGACAACGGAACCGUCACUCCCGACACAGAUUUUCCGGCACGCUACGCUUCAUAUGCAAGUACUGCCGUCGGUUCCCAGGCACAGACAGGUUCAUCUAUCCCUGGGCCAACUGCUCCUGCUAUGGACCGCCGGGUGCGGUCAGAGGGCGCUAUUCCCAGGAGUUCCUUCUCCUUGCACACCCUUUCUGCAUUGUCUUCACAGCCCCCACCUCCCUCCAUAGCACACCAAAUGAAUAUCUCUCCACUCUCACCAGAUCCCUCUCGCUCAUCACGUCAACACCCUACCAUCAUCGAUCCAUCUGCAUCUAUACGUACUCUCGCCUCAUCACUACAUCAACAGCAGUCGUCGAGCGUAUUGUCUCCUGCAGGAUUGACAAUAGGUCUCUCACCUGUCAGCCCUGGAUUCGGGCCCCUACCUUCGUCAAGAAGAACUUCCAGGCGUAUCAGUGGUCUUGGGCAUGGCUUUGCAGCCGUUGUCAAUGAGAGUAUGUCUUUGGCUGGCUCUGCGGGUAGCCGGAGGCGGACUGUGAGUGAGGGGCAGGGGAGACACUCGAGAGAUGCUCGGGGCAGAGGAGAGUGGAGUCCUCAUGCUGAAAUCUCGCAGCAGGAGAUGGAAGCGGGCGAUGUUACUGCCAAUAGAAAUGGUGAGACUUACAGAACGGGAACACGAUGGCGGUGGGUAAGAGACACUUUCUGGGACGGAUUGUUAGACCUAGAUAAUUUAUACCAUACGGACUAUAUAUAUCAUCAUUAUCUUGCCAUUCCUUGAAGAUAUUUGGGCUGCCAAUGUUAACGUCAUGAGAUGUUAUUAACAAGCCUCUACUCGUAUUACGGUCUAUAUACACAGGCCCCAGACUUGGAUCAGGGGGCCUCUUAAAUAACUUCCUCCUUCACGACGACCGCAUCCUGCUGACCACGUCGAUGAGAACCAGAUCGUCUAGUCCAGUCUAUUCCAAGCUGGAAAUAUGUCAAUGAUUGAAAAAAAACUGGCUUUAACCUGCUUACCCUUCCCCUAGUAGUCUGAACAAAAUUUAAGCCCAGGUUUGCGAAAUGAUCCUCGUAAUGCUUAGACACCAUUUCAUGAAAAUAUUUUUGAGCUGUCUCAUCUUCUCGAAUAUUCCGCUUCUUCUUCAUGAAAUAGUAGACGACUUCUCCCGGGAGGCCGCCGACACUGUCUCGUGUAAGAUGUUGAAGGUCGAUCAUGUGCCUGCAAUCUGG